AUGGCGGCGCCGCCGCCGCAUGUCCUCCUAUUCCCGCUUCCACUGGUAGGCCACGUCUCACCCACGCUCAAACUGGCCAAGGUGCUCUCCCUCAGGGGCCUCCUCGUCAUCUUCCUCACCACAGAGCACGUUCACCGCCGCCUCUGUGGCGACGACGGUCUGAACGGCCGCCCGGGCUUCUUUUUCCGGUCCAUCCUUGACGGCCUCCCCGCUGACCACCCGAGAUCCGCGGGACGAUUUUUUGAGGUGCUCUUCUCGCUUCAGGCACAACUCGGGGAGAAUUACCGAGAUCUGUUAGCGUCCCUCCACGAGCCGAGGCCGGUGACGUACGCCAUCGAGGACAUGUUUCUCCCGUUUGUUGCGGAGGUUGGGGAAGAGCUGGGGAUUCCGGUCAUCGCCUUCGGUACCAGUGGCCCCUGUGGCUUCUGGACUGAUUUCUGCAUUCCCGAGCUCAUCGAAUCAGGGGAAAUCCCCUUCCCCGGUAAGAGAAACAUCCACAAAUAAGCGCAUCCAGGGGAAAUCCACUCAUGUUUCAUUUGGGCUCGCUUCCUCAUUCACAGAGGGAUGCGACAUGGACGAGCUCGUGAGAAGCGUCCCAGGCAUGGAGAGCUUCCUGAGGCAGCGAGACCUUCCGUGUUAUUGCCGAGUCGAAGACUCGAGUGAGCCGAUUCUCCAAGGUGCAUUAUCCAAGGUGCGGCAUCGACGACCCGGAGGAUGA